UAUGAAUUAGCAAAAACAACCUUUAGACCCUAAAGACUCCAUUUUAAAUAUUUCAUUAAAGAAAUCUUCAGGUCAAUUCAUUUUCUUAUCUAAAAUAUUCUUGAAUAAAUUUGAAAAAGUUGAAUUGCAUGGUUUGGGUGAAGCAACAAAGACAGUAGCUGCAGUUGCUGAAUCUCUUUCAAGAAAUGUAAAAAUAUAGUCGCUAUUUUAGUAAUAUGCAACAAUAAAGAAAAUAGAGACCUAAACCUAUACUCCUGAACAAGGUGGAAAAAAAAUAAAAUUGAUUGCCAUAUUAGAAAUAACUGAGGAAGGAAAAAAAAAAAUUGUUUCAGAGUUGUAAAGAAAAAAGCCUGAGGAAGGAAAAAAGAAUAUUUAACAAGAGGUGUAAAAAUAAGUAGAAAAUUAACCAUAAUGAG